AUGGCAUAUAAUGCGUUCAAGUUCGAUACACUGAGCGAAAUUUUCCAGUUCCUGGCAUGGUUAAAGCGUAGGGGUGGGAAACAUAAUACGAUCGCCAACAUGUUGGUUCCUAGGUUUUUACCUUUUUUGGAUGUAUCGAAAAGGAACUUACAAUUCGCAAUGCAGAGAUCAUUGAACAAUUUAAUUGAAAAGAUGACAACGCUGCAUGAGGCACUGUUAUCUACAGAAAUUGCGAAGUUGGGAGACACAUAUGCGAAACUAACACAACAAGAAAUUCUCCAUGUCAUUCUUGAUUGCAUUCCUAAGCUAUAUGCGGCGCUGUCGUUUCUACUGUAUAAUGUAUCCGAUAAUUACAAGAGCGUGGGUGGUGGGAGUUGGGCAAAUCAGAACGCGACAUCCACCGGUAGCGAUCUUUGUAAAUAUCUCACAUCUACCAACGUUAAAGAUUACAACGGCAUUAUACCUGGGGGGUUCAACGUUAUUGAAUUGAAGAACCAAAAUGGUAAAGCUUUGGUCAGACCCUUGACAGAAGCUGUCACUCGUGAAGGUGGCGUUAGAACAGGUAGAGGCAAAGACAAACAAGGACCACCAAAUCAUUUUACUAACGUCUUAGCUACCACACUAGAUAGACCUUGGCAAGACGUCAACACUGGAAACGCAUUGCUUCUCAUGCGCGCCUUUCAAGAUAUUGUUGUUGCGGAAGGAGACGGCAGUAAGGGCGGUUUGGCCAAGGAAGAUUGGGAUAAAGAUAUUCACCCGAAAAGAGUAUGUUGGGCAGAUUUGUAUAAGCAUUUUUCCGGAUCUCAAACUCCCUUUAAGAAUGUAUUUAACGAUGGGGGAUUUGGAUUCACUGGGCAGGUGUACAAUAUUACAAAGAAGAAGGAAUUUGCCGAAAUGUUUUCGAAAUGGUUUAAAACAAAUUAUCAACACAUUAAGAAGAAUCUACAAAAAAUGAGUGAAAAAACCGAUGAUUCGGAUGUCCAUUUGUUUGCUACAACGAAAUUGUAUCCCUACGGCCUCAUUUUCAAAUACGAUGGGAAAACCCACUGGGAAAAUACACUGAAAACUCAUUGGUCCAAUGCACUUUCUAUGUUUAAUGACAGGGGCCACGAAUUGGAAAGGCUUAAAAACAUUUUAGAGGGAUUAGAGAAAGUUAAAUGUUUAGAGUCUUCAGGGCCCGUUGCGACUAAAACUAAAGCAACGAAAACUGAGGCCGCAAAGCCUGUGGUCACCAAAACCGAGAUAUCGAAGCCAACUGCUACAAGAACUAAUGCUGGCAGAUCUAAAAGUCCACACAAGACAUCUAACAGAGAUCUAGACCAGAGCGCAAGAGGGAAGGGAACACAAAACCAGAAUAAAAAGGCCGAGAAAAGUUCAAAUCAAAUAAAAAGUUCUACUGAACAUAAGUCUCCAGAUCAGGCAGUUGUAAAAACUGCUGCUACUCAGCUCCCAAAUAAUGAUGGAACUCGAGGACCGACUGGGCCUAAAAGUCAAGGCCCGCAGGGGUCUACAGCAGAAAAUAAACCUCAUGAUCCUGGUGCUCAAGAAUCAAUUGGAUCUGUAGCGGUAAAAGUUGAAGCUUUGACGAAAAGUGGUGAGGUUUCUCACCCAACCCUGCCAAAACCUUCACCUCCAGCCUCGUCAACCAAAAACGCUGGAUCCCCUAAGACUCCUGUUGAAAAAAAUGUAGAGAAAGGUCCAACAGGGCCUGCAGAAAAUACGGGUAAAGCAGGGGCGAAUGGUAAAGCGGAUCAGGAUUUAUCAACUAAAAACCCUGAUCAACCUCCCAAACAAGUUGCGCAAGUUCCGCCAGUACUUACACCUCCAGCUUCUCCCCCAAUUACCGCUGCAGCUCCUGCCCCCAAUGCUCCUUCAAGUGAUCCAGGUCAGGAUUCACAGCGUGGUGGUGCUCCAAGUCAAGAGCCUGUUAAACCUCCACUUUCUGCGCCGCCUCAGUCUCCAAGUGCUGCAGGUUCAGAGAUUGUGUCACACGGUGUCGACAGUUCCGGUAGUGGUCAGAUCCCGGAUAAGCAGGCGGCUCCCGGUGCUGCUGAAAGUUCCCCGAGCAAUAAGUUUGGGAGGACAGGUGGCACUGAUCCGGCAUCCUCUGCUCCGGGUGCUGGUUCAAUUUCCGAUGAAGCUGGAGGAGAGGGUGGGGGGCCCCCAGGGACUCAAGGUGCAUCCAGUAGAGGCCCUUCUGAUGAUCAAUCAUCCGGUGGUGAUGAAGUGUCGAAGACGCUAAUGGGUGGCAAAACGUCGGAAAGUCAAUCUGAAGCACAAUCUCCCCCAACUACGCCAUCUUCUGGUUCAUCGUCUCCAAAGAGUAAAGCGAUACCAACUCCAACAGACCAAGGGAAAGGAGAUGCCGAUGUGCCGACACCCGGUGAUACAGCAUCUCCUUCUAGGGAUCCGAAGGCGUCCGGCUCAGGUGGCGAUCCACAAGAGCAGGACCCGAAUUCAUCAGAUGGUGCUGCUUCUUCGCCGAGCAAUGGUCUGUCACAACCACAGCCUGCUGGAUCUCACGACAUUAAGAAAGCUCAGGAUCCACUUGCUAGCAGUCCCGGUGGUGUAUCAUCUAGCGUUCCUAGUCCUGUCGGUGGAUCUGGUAAUUGUGACGGUUUGCCUAAGGAUACAAACCAGCGUGAUUCGGCGUCUUCUGCGCAUGUUACACCUAUAUCUGGUCAAUCCUCCGUAGAUCAGGCUCCUGACUCGAGUGCACAAACUCCGAAAAUGCAGAGUCCUCAACCAUAUCCAGUUUCUACUCCUGCGAUUACUGGUGAUUCCCAGACUGAUAAUGCAGUUGACUCCGGUUCCUCCACCUCUGAACCUUCUGUUUUGCCUCCUGAUCCAAAUGGCAGUGGAACUAAAAGAAGUGAUACGGAUGAUGAUGAUGCGAAAGGUGCAACGUCUCCCAGUCACUCGCAUGAUAAGACAUGUGUCCAUGGGCGGUCACCUGUGAAUUUCGGCGGUGUUACUUUGUGUCAGCACACGCGUACGGCGAUUGCCCGCACUGUGCAUGGCCAUAAGACUCCGAAUACACUUUGGGAUGAAUACGAAAAAGAGGAAGAGAAAAGAAGACUAAACCAACCUUUUUCAUCAAAAAAUGUAAUACCAAGUUUGUACUCUAAUCCAGGGCGACAUGGCAAUCCAACGAAUUACUCCAAUACGUAUCGUUUUCGGUAUUAUACACAUAAGAGCAGUGUUGGUGGCCAUCAAAUAUACCCACCACCUGACGAUAUACCACUUCACACCGCUUACCGAAACUAUGUGCCUAUAAUUGGCUACGAAGGACCUGAUAUGUUGAACCCAGAAGACCCAGAUGAAGAAUGGCAGCGAAAACAAACCACGCUCCAGAGAAAAGAAUUUCGGGAUAAGAAUGAUAAAAUAUUAUCUGAGCUCAAAAUGCAAGUCCUUACGUAUUCUCCACCUGAGCUUCCAAAAAUAGGAAUUGCGGUAGGCAAUCGAUUGAAUCCGCCGCGACUUCAGAAAAAAGUACCACCCUCACCACCUUCGCCAAAACUCUUGGGUAAGCCCGGCUCAGAUACGAUUCCAGAAUCUACCCUGGUGACAGAUGAAGAGGCGUUCCCUUCGAACGCUCAUGUAGAUCUGGUAAUCGAAAAGCCGAAUACAGAGGGAGACGAAGAUACAACGGUGAUGCGUCCUACCGCACCACUGCAAAAAGUUCAGGUUAAACCUGCACGCCCAAUUACUCAGCUUCCCAGUGAGGCACCUAGCUCAUUUGAUGCAGGUGAGGAAAUCCAAGAUGACCUUGAAGAGGAAGAGGAACAAGAUGCCCCUAACUACAGGCACGAUGUCGUCGAAACAAUUGACGUCUGCCGUGACCCCUGGCACAUUUCACCGUCGUCUACGUAUCCUGACCAACCAACGCAGUCACCUCCACCAUCGGCGGACAACCUGCCAACGCCCAACACCGUUCGCGGAAUACUCUACUGGCUGGUCGGCCUUGUCGCAUUAGAAUAUGUUGGCAUUAUUCACAGGCAUGUUGAGGGUAUGCUGCGCGAUUUUGACAAGGCCAUUGGCAUCCCUGCCAUGCCUCAACAUACCCUCAAUAUCAGCCUGUCGGAGUUGCCCUUGGUCGCUUCCGCUGUCACCCGGAUCCUCACUGAGGCGUGCUACUACGCGGCCAGCGUGCUCUGCAGGCUUAAGCACAUCGACAUUUCUAAUGCCAUCAAGGACUUCGACUUCGCUGCGGAGUAUAGUCAGCUUCACUAUGCUGCUGACCCCGCCGCCCUCCUCUGCCAGCUGCGGGACUACGUCUACGCCGCGCACCACCAGUUGGCGUUCCUUCGAUUGCAGUGUUACCGAGAUGAGGCACAGGGUGGUUGGAAGGAUUUUGAAUAUGGUAGUAAUGUCGGCGUUUCCUCCUCCACCCUGCAAGCCUUCCUCACCGACGGCUGGGACUCCAAGUUCAACACGCAUCUCUUCGACGCUCAAGACGUCUGCUACCAGAGUCGCAUCAGAAUGGGAUUCAGCGACGCAGAUUUGCCCAAGGAAACCAAACAAGGCAGCUUGCUCUCAAGUAUACUCUCUCCUAAAUGCGACCCCUACGACCCCUUGAUGACGUUAGCUUCGUACCUCGUUUGCCUAACAACACGGACGCCUCGCACCACCGCAGAACUUAUUUCUUUCUUCCAUCACCUCGGGAAUGCGUUGUACGAAUUUGAUCCGGAUAUAUUGUCCGACGUGGGGUCCUCCCUCAUUGACCAUCCCGUAGAUUAUUUCUUCUGGGCUCAUAUUGAGGAGGCCGACCUCUUGUCGAUCCGGGAGAUCCGCGGCUGUGACCCUCUAAUCCAAUGCCAUGACCACCACAAUACCCUGUCCAACCUGAUUGGCUGCGACAUUUAUCCGAUACCCUGUCCACAACAACUGUUACCAAUCACCUACCCAACCUAUGCCCUGUACUCUCCCACAUUCGUUCCCACAUACCUCAGCUGGAUGGUGUACCUACCCGACAGGCUGCAGGACGCACUGGACAGGCUGAGGAGAGAUUUAAAAUAUCAUACUUGUUACGGUAUCAAACCACUUCAUAUGUGCUCCGAUGCUGUUUCCACUUUGUAUUUCCACGGUUUCGCUCCACCGUAUGAUGCUUUAAAACGACCACCCAAUUGUUCGGAUGUCACCGCCAAGUUGAGCUCUGUUCUCUCAGGCGGUCCCAUUUCAAAACUUUUGACUUGUAUGGAUGAUUUCCUGUACCGUGGCCGCAAACCUUUCGUCACCCUUGUGUUCACGUUGUGGUCGAUAGCGAUCGUAUGCCUCAUCCACACGCAGCUCUACCGCCUGGACGUCUUCCGCAUUGGCUCGCACCUUAUCCGCUCCAAGGCUUCACACUUCAUCGACGUCAAGGCGCUACUCACCCCGAGCAGAAAGAUGCUCUCACUCUACGACGCCGAUUACUUCGACGACGCUGAUAUUGCGCAACAUUACCCAAAUACGUAA